UCACACAAUAUGAAGUGUCCCAGCCUGAGGAAGGAUGAACUGUGCUGUCUGUCCCUAGCGACCUAGGUGUGCCUUUGAAACUCUCUCCAAGGACAGGGUGUGGUUGGGAGGUGGCCCUUGAGGAAGACAUCUUCAGAGUGUCUGUUGGGUAGCUUACAAGGGCUGGAGAACAUCUCAAGCCAGUCUGCACAAAGCAACGUGUCACGUAAGAACAUGUGUUUAAAGGCUGUGGACUGAGUGCUCUGCUGAACACUUCAGUAAUUGGCCUGCCUGCCUGGGCAUUCUCACCUGCCCCUUCAGAACUGGGGUGUGAGUGGGAGCAGAGCUAUGGAGAAAAGGAAACAGGAUGGGGAUUGCCUUACUAAAGAGGCAGGUUUCAGCAACAUAAUUGAACUAACUUAAAGAGGCCAGCAAAGGAUGCUGAGCAGAAACCUUGGCGUUUCUGAGAAUCUCAGACUUGGAGCAGCCCUGACUGAGAUUUUAAUGUAGAGUGCAAACAACAUAAAAUAGUGUGACAAAUGUCUUGGGCUUCAGGAGUGGCCCAGAAUCCAGAUCCCUUGGUCCAAUCCACCUACAAGAAGCUCCUGUAGCCCUGCGCUGUGGGCUGUAGAUCAAUGGCUGGGAAUCCUGCACCUUAGCCAGGCGUGGGGCUCCUGAUCAUUCCAUUUCCAUCACCAAAGGCAGACCAACUUUCUAGUUCCUUUUGGUGCCUGCCCAUCCUCUCCACAGUAUCUAUGAAAUGCUCGGCUUUAUUUUCGGUGAGAUACCUUGUCUACCCAGGAUAGCUCCAAACUAAACCUGUGGGCUGAGGUCUCCACAAUGACAAUAAACUAAAGUUUAUGUCUGCCCCCAGGGCGGAUUUCUUUAGUGCAGGCUCUAAAGAAAACACCAGCAUUCCGGGUGUGCUUUCUUUCACCAGGAAAAUCAUAAACGUAAAUUUCUAAGGGCAAAUGAGGGAAGCUGCAAGUGGGCGGGGUUCCGAUUAGGCUUCCAGGAGCAAGGCUCCUUUUUAAUGGGAAGCAGCUACAGUCACGCAAAGCUGGUAAAGUCCUUCCCAGAUGUUUUUCCUAAGAACCCUCAGCUUCUGCAUCGCCUUGUGAAGGUCGCUAUCCUUUCCUCCAAAAGGCACACAGUAUUCUAAUUAGCCAGGUGAGUAACUUGGUCUAGGGAGCUAGCCUGAAUAUUCAAAUCCUCCUUCCUACACAGAAUUGCAGUUUGAGCCUCUGGGUUGGGGAGUUUGAAGCAGGAUUUCACACAGUCCUCUUGUCUCAGUCUCACGAUUGCUGGACAUACAAGAGUGAGCCACUAUGCUGUCUCAAAACCCACUUAGCUUUAUCUUUGUUUUAUGCAAACCUUGUCACUUUGUAUUGACGAGUCAGUUACAAAGUGCUGGGAAUCGCUUCCCUUGGCCACCCUUCGUACAACUGAACGAUCAAGACUCUAAGACAAUAAUUGGUUCAUCUGUCUUGGCCUCUCCUCAGUCCCACAAAAUUGACUGGCCAAUUAGGUUCAGUCUUCUACAGUAAUAAAGGGAUAUAAAUGGCAAGGUUUUCUCCAAAAAUCUCUCAUCUUCUGGCACAAGGAUUAGUACAAAUCAAAAGGAAGGGCCAGGCGUCCCAUCAUGGACCUGCUGUUCCCCAAGGCACCUCUACCCUCAGAAACAGCGCUCACAGCACGUGUGCGCCACUCGCGCCCCGGCCGCCCCACCAGUCCCGGCGUGCUGCGCGUGGCACACGUGACCCGCCCCCUGCUAUUGGCCCGGAGUGGGGAGGGGCGUGGCCGCUGUGGCGCGAGUCAGCCGUAGCUUCCCUCCACUGCAGCCUGUCGUGGGAGCAUCGCUGGGCUACCGGUGGCGGCAGCGUGCGGGUCGGAAGCUCAGCCUGGGGACCGCGCACGCGCCAGAAGCAGUGCGGGAUAGCGGAGACCGCGGCAGGAUGGGUCCCUCGGGGCUGCUGGUGGCCCUAGCCUUGCACCUGGCAGUGUGUUCCCGUCCGCACCGGGACUACUGCGUCCUGGGCGCCGGUCCUGCGGGCCUGCAGAUGGCCGCCUUCCUGCAUCGAGCCGGCAGGGACUACGAGGUAUUCGAACGCGAGUCCGCACCUGGCAGCUUCUUCACUCGCUACCCGCGCCACCGCAAGCUCAUCAGCAUCAACAAGCGGCACACGGGCAAGGCCAACGCCGAGUUCAACCUCCGCCACGACUGGAACUCGCUGCUCAGCGACGACCCACACCUGCUCUUCAGACACUACUCGCAGGCUUACUUCCCCGACGCCAGCGACAUGGUGCGCUACCUGGGUGACUUCGCGCGGCGCCUGGGGCUCCAUGUGUUAUACAACACAAACAUCACCCAUGUGACCCUGGACAAGGAUCCACAAGCCUGGAACGGCCAUUACUUCAUUCUGACGGACCAGAAGGGCCAGGUUUACCAGUGCAGCGUCCUGCUUGUAGCCACUGGUCUGGCAGUCCCCAAACUGGUUGACUUCCCCGGCUCUGAGUAUGUGGAGGGGUACGAGUCUGUGUCCGUGGAUCCUGAAGACUUUGUGGGCCAGAAUGUGUUGAUCCUGGGCCAUGGGAACUCAGCCUUCGAGACGGCAGAAAACAUCUUGGGUGUCACUAACUUUGUCCACAUGCUGAGCCGUUCCCGGGUCCGGCUCUCCUGGGCCACCCACUAUGUUGGAGAUGUCAGAGCCAUCAACAAUGGCCUGCUGGACACCUACCAGCUGAAAUCACUAGACGGGCUCCUGGAAUCAGACCUGGAGUAUCUGGCCCUCGUGAAGGACAGCAAGGGCAAGUUCCACGUCACCCUGAAAUUCCUCCUGGAGAAUAACAGCAGCCAGAGUGCCGACUCUAUUCCCCUCCCCGAGGAUGACAACGACAACUUUGCCAUGCGGGUGGCCUACGACCGUGUCAUCCGCUGCCUGGGAUGGACGUUUGACUUCUCCAUUUUCGACCAGUCCCUCAGACUCUCCUCGGGGACUGAGUUCAGCAAGAAAUACCCACUGAUCAAAGCCAGCUAUGAAUCCAAAGGAAGCCGGGGUCUCUUUAUCCUAGGGACUGCCAGCCACUCAGUGGACUACCGGAAAUCCGCUGGCGGCUUCAUCCAUGGAUUCCGAUACACAGUGCGUGCUGUCCACCGGCUACUGGAACAUCGGCACCAUGGCAUCCCCUGGCCAUCCACAGAGUACCCCAUCACACAGCUGACCAGCUCCAUCAUCCGGCGUGUAAAUGAGGCUUCUGGGCUGUACCAGAUGUUCAGUGUGCUGGCUGACAUCAUCCUGUUGAAGGAGAACGCCACAGCCUUUGAGUACCUGGAGGAGUUCCCUAUGCAGAUGCUGGCCCAGCUGGAGAUGCUCACAGGGAGGACAGCACGGCAUGGGCUCUUUGUCAUCAACAUGGAAUAUGGCAAAAACUUCUCUGGGCCUGAGAAGGAUGUCUUCUAUUAUGACCGGUCUGUGGCACACAUAGAAGAUGCCUGGAUGUCUAACUUCCUUCACCCUGUCAUCUACUACUACAGACACCUCCCCACUGAGCAAGAUAUGCGGUUCCGUCCUGCACAGUGGCCCCUGCCUCGGCCUACAGCCAUCCACCACAUCGUGGAGGACUUCCUGACUGACUGGACAGCCCCAGUAGGACACAUCCUCCCAUUGAGGCGCUUCUUGGAAAACUGUCUGGACACAGAUCUGCGUAGCUUUUAUGCAGUGCUUUUUCUAUCAUUGAGAGAACAUGUCAAACAGCUGUCAAAUGUCUGACACCAUUCUCCAAGUCAAGCUAGAGACCGACUCCAGCCAGUCAAAGAGCAUCCUGCUUUAUCCUGAGUCUACUUUGAAAUGAUAGCUUGGGAGCUGACUUGCUACUAUGUGACACGCCAGCCCUAAUCAGCUAAGUACUGUCCUAUCUUGGUUAACCCACAGAGCAGAGCCCGAGCUGAUCACCUCUGCAGUUCCUAUAGUCUGUGAGCAGCCAACCUUGAUCAUACAGACCCCUGAAAUGCCUAGAAAAAAGAGCCCUCAGCUUCAAACUGCCUGCCCAUUCCCCAAGGCUCCAAGAGUCCACAAAAGACCAGUGGCAUAUCCCCACCCAACCUUUGUUUGGUACCCUGGAUGUGUUCCCAUCCAGACCAUGCAGGAUGUGGGCCAAGACCCCCAGUGAAUGCCUGAGUGCAUAUAGCCAAAUCUCUACUUAGAGCCAGGGGCUUGGGGCCACUAACUUUGGGGAAUCCCAAAAUGAAAUCUCAGUUAGAUUUGGUGAUUGCUGGCAGAACACUUUGAUGUCAGAAUAUGAAAGUGUAUCCAUGUGUUAAGUGUUCCCGCACAGAUUCAACGUCUGUUUGUUUUAUGUGAUAUUUAUCAGUGCCCCGAGGAUUUCUUUUCCCCUCUCCUGGGUUCCCACAUGCAAGAUGCAGUUUACCACAGCACUUUGCAGCAGCUGCAUACAAGGCAAUUUCUUAUUCUAAAUAGAACUAGCACAUUUUCACUUUAUGGUUUCCCUUUAGCUUUCCCAAAUCGUUGCAUCUCUGUUCUUAAGCUCUGAAGCCAUUACUAAACAAGAUAAGAUAAGAUGUCCUAGUUUGCUUUCCAUUGCUGUGAUAAAACACCAAGACCAGCAGUGUGGGGAGAAAAGGUUUAUUCCUCCCUCUUACACUUCCAGGUCACAGUUCAUUGUGAAUGAAAGGCAGGAACCUGGAGGCAGGAACUGAAGCAAGGGUAAUGAAGGAGCACCCUUGCUGGCCUGUGCUCCCCAUAGCUUGCUCAGACAGCUUUCUUAUGCAACUGGCACCACCUGCCCAGGGAUGCACCAACCACAGUGAGCUGGCCACUGCCACACUAAUCCCCCACAGACUUGCCUACCAGAAAUCAGAUGAAGGCAACCCUGCAGUUAAGGUUUCCUCUUCAGCCAGCAUGCCUUUAAUCUCAGCAGCAGGAAGGCAGAGGAAGGUAGAUCUUAUGUUUGAGGCCAGCCUGGUCUACAUUGUGGGUUCCAGGAUAACCAAGGCUAUGUAGAGAGACUCUGUCUUAAAAAUAAAAUAAAAGCCGGGCGUGGUGGCGCACGCCUUUAAUCCCAGCACUUGGGAGGCAGAGAGAGGUGGAUUUCUGAGUUCGAGGCCAGUCUGGUCUACAAAGUGAGUUCCAGAACAGCCAGGGCUAUACAGAGAAACCCUGUCUUGAAAAAACAAAAAAUAAAAAUAAAAUAAAAUAAAAUAAAAUGGGGCCCUCUUCCCAGAUGACCCUAGCCUGUGUCCAGCAGUCAGAAAGCUAAUCAGCACGUAAGGGUUACCCAACUCAGGUAUAUUAUACCACUGUGUUGGUCCUGUUGAUAGUGAUGGCUAAGUGCAGGGAGUAUAGAGUCGUAUAUACAAUAUGAAAACCAAGAUGACUGCUAGGUAGAAAGUAUACUAUGUGGUUACCUAGGUCCCCAGCAUUGCCCCAGCUCCUCUCCGUGCUUGUCUCCCAAGCCUGGCCUGACACCUCCUUUUGUCUUCACAUAGAGUCCUGUUUCCUGUUCACACUCACACGCCAGAGGCUGCCGCCCUUUUGCCAGCAGGGAUACCUGAGAAUGCAGGGGCUCUCAAGCACCAAGAGCCUUUGGCAGCAUGGUGUGGAAAGCAGGCUCCUGCAGGACUACACGGCCAUGGAGAACAGCAAUAGGUGGCUUGGUGACCACUCCACAGCUCCAGAGCCUCUGACUCAAUCCCUUGACAGCAACAAAGAGGAGCUCUGAGCAUCCUCCCCCAGACUAUGGUGCCUGGCACCUCUCCAGAAAACCGGGGAAGCCUCUUCUCCCACCAGGACCAUCACAGAGAUAACAGACAAUGGGACUGCCCAUAGAGUGCAGAAGGCUGGGUUACAGUCACAGAGUGGUGUCCCUUCCUGUGCUGGCCCCUGGUGCUAGAUGCAAGGUCAAGAGGAGGGUACCUUCUGUCAGGUAUGAGCUGCCUUCCACAUCCAGCUUGUGUCCAACUUGGACCAUCACUAAGUAAGCACCAUGCUGGCCUUGUGUGCCUGCUUCUAGGACCAGCCAAACGCCUUUUCAUUUUCCUUCUGGUUCACUCUGCAGAUGGCCUUGGCCCUACCUGGGGAACAUCUCAAAGCUGAAGGCCCCUCGUUUCCACAGUGGGCAUAUGAGAGUCAAGGUUUAGAGUCUUCAGCAGUGGGGCAGACAGUUGGGAUCUCUGCUUCCCAGUACAGAUAUGGACCCCAACUCAGAAGCAUCAGAUAUCUCCUAGUGUCCUUAUCCAGGAGGCCUGCCCCUAUGCCACCCUUCCUUUUCACACUGUGAUGCCUUCCCUGGCAGUCAGGCUGGGUAUCACAGGCCCAGAGGGCUUGUAUGGGGGCAGAGACAGGAAAGUCCUGCAAGGUCAUCUGUCCAACUGAGUUCUCGGGAGCAGGGCACCUCAGUGCUGCCCUGUCCCCAAGAUCACACUCCCAGGCAUUGGCAGCCUGUGUGUCCCUCUCCCACCCUGCUGCCUGGCACCCUGAGCCAUGCCUUCCUGAGGCCUGCCUGGGCAGGUUUAAGGUGAUGCUGUGCCUGCCGCCGUGGGCACAGAAAUGUUGACGCUUGCCCAGCUCUGGGCUGCCCUGAUGCUCCUCUCUUCCUUGCUUUCCCUCCCGAGUCCACGCUCAGCCAACAGAUUAGCAAAGAAGCCAUGGGGAAAGCAUUGCCCGCAAGUACAGCAUGGUGAUCACGUCAUGAUUUCCCAUAGCCCCAGAGUGCAGGUACUGUUCCUCACCAGCCUCCAUCAGUCGUCAUGGAGGUCGUCAGACGUCCAGGGACACAACCCAAAGCCCCUUCGUGGGAUCAUCCUCUCUCCAUAGGAGAGUCGUGGCUGGGUCCAAGCUCUCUUAGCCAUCUGACCUACCUGCAGCCAUCUUCCUUUCUGGCCUACCAGAUGCCAACAGGAGAAUUCAACACCUUCAUGUCACCAGGGGGAACUGUGUACCCCUGUACCUAUUUGGGGUAGUUUGCACAGUGCCAAACCUUCUAACUAAGUCAUCAUCCAAACCCAGGAUGUCAGUGUUGCCAUAUUCCACACAGAUUGAUUGGCAAGCCAAACUGGGACCCUGCCACCCCACCCUCUUCUCCAAAGCAUUUUCAAAUGAGUCUUUGAUUUAGCACAACAAAAUUGAAACCUGCUCCUUACAUCUCGCCCUCCAGUCAUCGAGGAUGGCUGAGCCACUUGUUUGGUGCCUUAGCAAGUAGCUGGCUGACACCCUUGUGUAAGACAUCUGCUGCUUCCUGUCAUCUGCCAGAUCGUUGAUUCCAUCAAAAUAUCAGGCAGCCUUAUUUGUUUUUAACACAGAGUAUUCUGUUCUUGCUCAGUUGACUAGAGAUGUCUUCUGCUUCCCCCACCCCAUAGGGAUUCCGUGUCCUGGCCUGGUACUUAUUAUAUAGCCCAGCCUGCACUUGGACUCACAGUCAUUCUCCUGCCUCAGCCUCUCAAGUAUUGGGAUUACAAGCUUGAACCAUAAAACUUUCUUUUUUUAGAUUUAUUUUUACUUAUGUGUACUUGUUUGUGGGUUAUGUGUACAUGAGUGAAGGUGCCCAGAGACCAGAAGAGGGUGUCAGAGUCCCUUAAAGCUGGAGUUACAGGAGGUUGUAAGCCACCAUGUGUGGGGCUGAGAGCUGAGCUCAAAUCCUCUGGGAGAGCAGUAAGUGCUGAGCCAAUUGCUCCGGAACCCCUUCCCCAUAACUGUUUUGAAGAAAAGAUUAGAAGUAAGGCAAGCUAGAUGUGGCACACACCGGUGUCCUAGCAUUAGGGUGGCCAGGGCAGGAGAACUGAGGUUUAAAGCUAGCCUGGGCUACAUGGAGAGUCCCAGUAUGGGCAACUUAAAAAGAUCCUCUCUCAAAGAAACUUUAAAAGGACAAAAAUAACUGGGCAUGGUGGUAUAUGCCUUAAAUCUUAGCAUGCCCAAAGCAUGGGGUGGAGAAUCUCUUGUGAAUUCAAGACCAGCCUGGUUGACUCAGUAAAUUUCAGGCCAGCUAGAGUUAUAUGAGACCUUCUCUCAAUCAAUCAAUCAAUCAAUCAAUCUUCUCUCAAUCAGUCAGUCAGUAAGCAGGAAUAAUUAUGGUGAAGAAAUGGUUGAAAUAAGUGAGAGACACAAAAAGGAGUUAUGUAACUUCUCAUGAUCAUCCCUUGAGGGUGUAGGGAAGGGCUGAGGAGUUUUCCCCACAACACUGCAUACGAUGUGGCACCGGUGAGGGGGCAGCAGCUGCUUGAAGCUGUGAUGAUAGGAAACCACGGUGGCUCUGCUGGGACUGUGGGACAAGGUUCUUUAUUCCUCUUUGGAUCAAAUUUGUGUUUAUUUUUCGAAUGUGAUUAUAUGCUACUGAAAUAAAAAAUACAUUUAUUUUUAAACAA